GGGGAGUCGAGGGCGGCCCAAGGCUGGCGGGCGGAGCCUGAGGUCUCCAGCCCGGUCCGCGAGACUCCACCCGCUUCCAGGCACAGCUGAGUAGCUGAGCGGAUCCCACCUGGAUUCAGAGUCCAGACGGCCGCUUCGUGUACUUUCAAAGACCCAGAGGCCCAGAUUCCAAUGCCCUCCUUAGGAUGCAGGAGCCCAUGACUCAGGUCUCCACGCCAGCCUUGGCAAUGACCCUGGCAGCCUCCUCCCAGCGCUCCCAAAUCAUCCGUUCCAAGUUCCGCUCUGUCCUGCAGCUUCGGAUGCACAGACGGAAUCAAGACUGCACCUCUGAUUCACACCCGUGGGUCUCAGCCUCCGGCCCAGCUCUGGCUCCAGUUUUGGCCCCUGCCCCUGCUUCUUUCCUUGUGAGCCCUGGCGUCCUGUCCCCUGAGCCAGCACAUUGUCCUUGGAGGUCUCCAAAGAAGGAAUCUUCCAAGAAUUCCCAACACUGGAAGGAGCCCAAGGUCAGGGGCAACUUGACAUAUCAUCUGUACAUGCCUCCAGAACGGAGACAAGGGCCUAGAGCAGUUCUCCAAGCAGAGGGAUCCACUCUGGGUGCCCAGGGGCCACCUCUGGGGGAAGAGAAAAACCCACAGAGGCCACGUCCUCGGAUGAAGCCCUCCUCACCAGGAAACUCCAACCCCUCACCCCCUUCACACAAGCUGGAACUUCAGACCCUGAAGUUGGAAGAGCUGACGGUCUCUGAGCUUCGGCAGCAACUGCGCCUGCGGGGGCUCCCAGUCUCCGGGACCAAGGCGAUGCUCCUGGAGCGCAUGCGCGGUGGCGUCCCGCCCAGAGACCGGCAGAAGCCCAGGCGCGAGGACAAAGAGGCUGCAGCUGCCUGGCCACGCCUCAGGCCUAAGGCUCCGGGCCCUACCCGGCGGGCCGGCACGGCAAAGGCAAGCACGACAACUCGUAGACUGAAGUUUGCUGGAGCUACAGAUCCGCUGGGGAUUCCCGCUCCCGCUCCAGCUCCAGCUCCAAGUCCCUUAGCAUCUUCUCCAGCCACCCUGACUCUGGAAGAGGAGCUGCAGGAAGCGAUCCACAGGGCGCAGCUGCUUCCGAACCAGGACAUCGAUGACAUCCUGGAAGACCAAGUGCAGCCAGAUGACGUGUUGCCUCCCAUCGUCUUGGACUUCCCUGGCUCUUUUGAUGUGCUGUCUCCCUCUCCGGACUCGGAAGGCUUCUCUUCGGUCUUCUCUUCUUCACUCCCAUCCCCCACUAGCUCCCUGUCCCCUUCUCCAAGGGCCCUCUCAGAUUCCUUGGACUGGCUGGAGACCUUGAGUGGGGGUCCCCCGCUGGGCUCUGGACCCCCAGGCCCCAGCAUCUUCUCUGCGGACUUAUCUGACUCCACUGGUACUCGGCUUUGGGAACUGCUGCCGGAUCCCUGGUGAUGGACCCUGGGGUUUCCAAGGAGACCCUCCAACUACAGAGGACUCAAGUUGCCCUCAUCCCCUUCUGGCCCGCUGCUGCUGACAUGUCAAACGCCCGGCUUGUGUGUGACUCUUCCCAGUCAGUGUAGUUGGGGUGGGGUUCAUUUGCUCACUGCCUCCUUCAGAGACCUGCAAGGUUUGUGUACCACUUACUUCCUCCAGACUCUGGCUGCCUGCCUGUCAUCUAGGGACCCGGAAGUUAGUGCUGUUUGGGUUCUGGAAAGGACCAGAGGAGAUUAAGUAGGAGGAAGGCAGAUCCCUAGGUUCUAGCUAGAGGUGAGAGGGCCAGGGGUGUCUAAUGGAGGUGAUGAACUCCCUACGACUGCAUCUUUGAGUGUUGUGAUUAUACCUAGCUUUCUUGUUUUGUUGAGAGCAAGUCUUGCUAUUGUAGCCCAGGCUGGCCUCUAACUUGUGACAAUCCUGCUUCAACCUUAUGAGGGCUGAAAUAUGAGCCACCAUUCCCAGCUCUCAUGUUCGGGUUCGCAGAGCCCAGUGGGGAAUGGACGGCAAAAGGGAAGAGGAGCUAGCAUGUGACCUCAAGUGAG